CCUCAACCCAGCAUCCCACGUCUCAUUCUUUCCUUUCUUCUGCAACCAUCAUCAUGGACAACCGAACCGUCGGCGUCCUCGGCGGGGGCCAACUUGGUCGCAUGUUCAUCGAAUCCGCUAACCGGGUCGGUGUGAAAGUCAUCAUCCUAGAUGGUGACUCCGCGCCCGCGAAACAAAUCUCAGCCCAUGGCGACCACAUCUCCGGCUCUUUCAAAGACGCUGCAGCGGUCAAGAAGCUUGCACAAAUAUGCGAUGUCAUUACCGUGGAAAUCGAGCACGUGGAUACGCAGAUGCUAGAAGAAGUGGCGGAUGAUGGAGGUGUUGUUGUGGAGCCGCAUUGGAGUACCUUGAGGAUUAUUAAAGAUAAGUUUAGGCAGAAGAUGUGGUUGAAAGAUCAUGGGGUUGAGGUGGCGGAGAGUGUGGAUCUUGAGGGAUUAGGAGGGGGAGAGGAAGGGAUGGUGGGUGUGUGUAGACGCUUGGGGUUUCCGUGUAUGGUGAAGAGUAAAACGGAGGCGUAUGAUGGGCGGGGAAAUUUCGUGGUUAAGAGCGAGGAAGAUUUUGCCAGAGCGAAGAAGGCUUUGGGGGAUAGACCGUUGUAUGCGGAGCGCUGGGCGGAGUUUUGUAUGGAGCUUGCGGUUAUGGUAGUGAAGACGAAAGAUGGGGUUAAAACGUUUCCGACGGUCGAAACAGUGCAUGAGGAUAGUAUCUGCAAACUCACGUAUGCACCGCCGCGGAAUGUGUCUCGCGAGACGGCGCAGCGAGCGCAGGAGUUGGCGAAGAGAGCGGUUGCGGCGUUUGAAGGCAAAGGCGUGUUCGGGGUGGAGAUGUUCUUACUUAAAGAUGACAGUUUGCUUGUCAACGAGAUUGCACCGCGGCCGCAUAAUUCGGGUCAUUACACCAUCGAAGCGUGCCCAUUGAGCCAGUACGAUGCUCAUCUUCGCGCGAUUCUAGAUCUCCCGGUCCCGGAGCAUGGGUUGAGACUCAGAGAGCCGGCGGUUAUGCUCAAUAUCCUCGGUGGCCAGACUCCGGAUUCGCAUGUACAAAUCGCACAGCAAGCGCUUGAAUCCCCAAAUGCUUCGAUCCAUCUCUACGGUAAAGGCGAAGCGCGCCCAGGGCGCAAAAUGGGGCAUAUUGUCGUAACGGCGCCAACGCUCUCGGCCGCAGAACGUGAAAUGCAACCACUCAUCGAUGCGGUCGAUGCUCAAAAAGGCGAGCCCAAAGUCAUUCCCCAGACCCCAUCGCUAUCCCCAGAUGAACCACUCGUCGCAGUAAUAAUGGGCUCCGACUCGGACCUCCCAAUCCUCCGCCCAUGUUUCCAGAUCCUAACCACCCUCUCCAUCCCCUUCACCACCCGCAUCACCUCUGCCCACCGCACACCCGACUGGCUCCGCACAUUCUCCAAAACGGCUUCAUCCACCAGUCUCCGCGUCAUCAUCGGCGCAGCCGGUGGCGCAGCCCAUCUCCCCGGCAUGUGCGCCUCAUGGACGACAUUACCUGUCAUCGGCGUCCCCGUGAAAGCCACUCAUUUGGAUGGCGUCGACAGCCUGUAUUCGAUGACGCAGAUGCCAAGGGGAGAGCCGGUUGCGACGGUAGGCAUUAAUAAUUCGACGAAUGCAGCGUUAUUAGCGGUCAGAAUUUUAGGGGCGAGCGAUGAAGGGGUGAGGGAGAGGUUGAGGGUGUGGAUGGAGGGGAAUGAGAAGGAAGUGUUGAGAAAGGAUAAGGCGUUGUUUGAGGGGGGGUGGGAGGCUUAUUUGGAGGGGAUGGGGAAGUAG